UUUGGCCAGAAUUUAUCUUCUCAAGUUGUCAGGGUCAAUUGCCACGACAGAAGGGCAUGAAUUGAAGGAAUUGAAUGAGCUUUCAGAAGUCAUAUUCAAGCAUCGGCCCCUAUAUAUAUUUGGAGGUGUCCAAGCUAGUUGUUAUACCAGGCAAGGUGCAUUUGCUACUUUUGCAAUGGCUGCAAAACUUGUUAGCUUCUUGCUUUUGAUCACCUUCCAUUUUCUGUUUCGACUGCAAUCUUCCACCGGGCAGAAUGUUGUUAGAGCUGCUUAUUGGUCUGCAGGAAGUGAGUUUCCUGUUUCGGAUAUAGAUUCCUCGCUUUUCACUCACCUUUUCUGUGCGUUCGCUGAUCUUGAUCCUCAAACCAAUCAAGUUACUGUUUCUUCUGCAAAUCAGCCCCGAUUCUCCACCUUCACUGAUACCGUCCAACAAAAGAAUCCUUCCAUUGUAACACUCUUGUCAAUCGGGGGUGGAAAUUCAAGGGCGUCAGAUUUUGCUUCCAUGGCAAGCCAAGCCACUACACGGAAAUCAUUCAUUGAUUCCUCGAUAAACUUAGCAAGGUCUUAUGGCUUCCAUGGCCUUGACCUUGAUUGGGAGUACCCAUCCACAGCUACCGAAAUGACUAACUUGGGUUUGCUUCUCAAUGAAUGGAGAGCUUCUGUGGAUGAUGAAUCCGCCAGCACCGGUACCUCACCAUUGCUUCUAUCCGCCGCACUUUUCCGGUCCUCGGAUUACUACACUCUGGAUUAUCCAAUCCAGGCUAUAGAAAACAGCUUGGAUUGGAUCAAUGUGAUGGCUUAUGAUUUUUACGGUCCCAGAUGGUCAAAUGUAACCGGACCUCCUGCAGCAUUAUACAAUCCUGGAACUCAAGUAAGUGGGGAUCAGGGGAUCAGAUCAUGGAUUCAAGCAGGGAUUCCAUCGAAUAAAUUAGUGCUCGGCUUUCCCUUCUACGGCUACGCCUGGCGGCUUGUAGACGCAAAUAACCAUGGAUUUUUUGCACCUACCAGCGGACCAGCUAUAUCACAAGAUGGAGACUUGGGUUACGGUCAGAUCAAGGAUUUCAUUUCCCAGAACAGCGCCACAGAAGUUUACAACUCAACAGUGGUUUCCAAUUACUGCUACUCUGGCACGACAUGGAUUGGUUUCGAUGAUACGCAAAGUAUUACAACCAAGGUUUCGUACGCCAAGGACAAUGGUUUGCUCGGUUACUUCGCAUGGCAUGUUGGUGCCGAUGAUGGUUGGACUCUUUCUCAAGCAGCAUCGGAAACAUGGGGAUCAUAGACGUCAAUUGCCUGCCCAUGGUGUAAUUUAAUGAUACGAGUUAUGGAAAUAUGAUGAUCCUUCUUGUUUAUGCCAUUUGUAAUUGAAGGCCCUAAAUAAAAAUAAUGAUGGUAAUUUCCUGUUUGCUAAUGAAA